UUCAGAGUAGCCAAUCCUGGGGCAACUUCUGCGGGCCAUGCUGCGUCUCUGUUGGUUGAUGUUGCCCGCCAUCGCGGCAAAGCUGUGUAGCAACUCUUCCAUUCCCUGCGUUCAGCUGCCUCAUGGGGUUCAGAUGCCCAUGGUGGCCUUGGGUUCGUGGCGUGGGAGCUACAAGGACUGCGCCGACAACAACUAUUCCUGCGCGCAAGAGCAUGCGCGUCAGGCAGUGCAAUCCUGGCUCCAGAGCGUUGGUGGAACUCAUGUGGAUACGGCGAAUGACUAUCGCACACAGGUGCAGGUGGGUGAGGCCUUAAAGGCCUCCGGCCUUGCGCGAGAGGAGGCCUUUGUGACCACCAAAUGUCCCGGGGCCAUCGGUUUCAACGCGACCCUGCAGUGCAUUGAGGAUAACAUCCAGAUGCUUGGCUUCUACAGUGAGGAGAAACCCUACAUCGACUUGGUCUUGGUCCAUUUCCCCUUCGCCAUCAAGCCGGAGUGCAACGGCGUGACGGGGGGAUCUGAGUGCGAGGCUCCCUACUACGACCCGGGCAGCGAAGUUCACCGAGAGACCUGGGCCGCCAUGGAAUUCGCCCUGCGCAUGGGACGGGUGCGUGCGGUGGGGUUGAUGGAGAUCAGCGAUUUCGCAGAGAAGCCCGCAGUGAAUCAGGUGGAAUGGCAUCCUUAUCAUCACGACGAUCAGCUGAAAGCCUUCUGUGAUGCUCACGGCAUCGCAGUCGAAGCCUGGUCGCCACUGUCCGGACAGAAUGCCAGUGCUUUGUCGGACCCCACGGUGAAGGAGGUGGCCGCCAAGUACAACGUCUCCACCGCACAGGUGGUCCUGAGAUGGUCGCUGCAGCAGAACGUCAGCGUGGUGGUGGGCACUGAAAAGGUGGACCACAUGAAGACGGACUUGGAGCUCUUCUCCUUUCAGCUCACUGCCUCCGAGAUGCAAAGUAUCUCUAAGCUGCGAAGCCUGAGCGGCCAAAUCUUCGUGUGACGGGUGAUCCUCCGCUGGACAUCUUCUCAGGCUAGGCUUUAUGGUGAAGAAAGGCGGAGAAGCCACGCGCAGUUUGAGGAUCUUGUUGGUAAAUCCAGGUAAUAUACCCUCUGG